GGGAUUUCCAUUCCUUGUAGGUACCUGUAAAUUUAUCACUAAAUUAAUGUCGACUUUUUGAGGUUAUAUUUUCGUAAACACAGUAUUUAAUUUGUAAAAAUGCAGCAACGCGAAGAAAAACAACUGGAAUCGUCCCUCGAAUCGAUAGUGCAGCGCGUGAACGACCUAAAGUCCUCAAUCGCCUCAAUGAUUUUUAAAGUCGAGAACGAAUACGAAACCCUCAACUGGCCCACCUUCCUCGACAACUACGCCCUAAUCUCGGGCCAGCUCACCUCCUUGUCGAAGGUGCUCAGCCAUGACAAGUGCCCCGCGCUUCGCAGCCUCACAGUCCUACCCCUGAUGCUCUCCCCUGAACGAGACGACCAAUUAGCGCAGCUGACUGAACACCGAGUGACUACCUUCGCUCACGACCUAGUCCCUGAUUAUCUGAGAACGAAAUUGGAGCCCAUGGCCGAAAACAAGAUGAUGCAGCUGGAGCACAAAGCGUCGACGCUGACUUAUGACAAUGCACAGAAGCAAAUUACCGCGUAUCAGAAGGUGGUGUCGCACGUGUGGGAGCUAGUCAAUAAGGCGAAGGAAGAAUGGGAGGUGGAGUCGACGGCUAGAGGGAGCACGCAGCAGAAUUCGAGCGUCGCUGAUACGCAUUUACUGGUAGCGGCGGUGGGUAUGGGUAAGGGAUUGAAGAUGGGGACGGCCCCGAACGGACAACCUAGUCAGACGUCCGGGGGCAUGAUGGUGGCGCCACAGGGCAGGCCGGGGGGCACGCCCGGUCAAGGGUCACUGCCGCCCAACACGCAGGCCAUGACAAUGAACAAAGCGCCCUCAGCUAUUAAGACUAACAUUAAAAGUGCCACACAGAUUCACCCCUACGGGCGUUGAUUUUUUAAAAUGAGUUUUGUACUUGUGUAUGGAGAUAUAUUUAUUUAUUAGAUAAUAAACUUACAAAAAUAACUAAAUAUAA